CACUGCCUCGAGCUCCUCUCCCGUUUGAAACUGCGCCAUCCUCGUCUGAGUGUCAACAUGGCGGGUACUGUGGCUAACAAGUGUCUCAGUCCUCUGACUUUCAUCACCAGGAGGCUGUCUGCUCCGGAGUUCAUCACCCAGUGCUGCUACCACAAGAAGGUGGUUGAUCAUUAUGAGAACCCAAGAAAUGUGGGCAUCCUGGACAAACAAUCCAAGAACGUUGGGACCGGCUUGGUGGGCGCUCCAGCCUGUGGAGAUGUCAUGAAGCUCCAGAUUGAGGUGGACGACCAGGGGAAAAUCGUGGAUGCCAGGUUCAAAACCUUUGGCUGCGGCUCUGCUAUUGCCUCCAGCUCUUUGGCCACCGAGUGGGUGAAAGGAAAAUCUGUGGACGAAGCAUUGAUGAUAAAGAACACUGACAUUGCCAAAGAGCUCUCUCUUCCACCGGUUAAACUUCACUGCUCCAUGCUUGCCGAGGACGCCAUCAAGGCUGCCCUGGCUGACUAUCGCCUCAAGCAACAGGACGGCCAGCAGGAGGCAGUCAGGGCCAGCAAUUAAACAGCUCGACUCUCACUCUGAGUUGGAUGCCACUGUUUGCUUCUGGCUUCCAACAAGAGAUGUAGAAGUAGUCAGGCGUCACCACCUCACUUCCCUGCACUAUUGAGAGACACCUAAUGUUGUUGAUGACAAGUACACUAUCGUCAUCCCUCUGUAGGCUGUAGGCUCUCUCUAUCAGUCUAACCCUGUAUACUGUACCUUCUUAGCCUGUCACGUAUACGCACAAUGUAAGCACUCAUUUGGGUUGUUGGUACAAAGCUGAGCCUUAUUUUUGAGAUUGUGUUUUAAGAUUUUGUGGUUGAGGAGUGUUCUGAACUGUGUGAUGGAGAUUGAUUAAAGCUUGCAAGAAAAGUAUCCUAUCUGCAACCCUUAAGCACUGACCUUUUGAUAUGCAAGUUGUUAUGCAAAGUCACUUGAAACAAACUAAGGGUCCACUGGUGUAAUUUAUAAUCAUUUCGUAAUGCUUCAUUGAUAGUCUGCAAUAAAGUAUUAUAAAUCUUA